AUGGAAGACCUCAAUAACUCAAAGUCUCCUGGAAAAAUUACUACAAUGGGCAAAGACCACGUGGAAACAGCAGACACAUUUGGUGUUGGUCAAGUUAUUCUAGCCAAUUGCAACACCGAACUCAAUCACAAGUCGGACGAAGCGGAAUUCUCUGCAGCUCUUAUUGAUGCUAUAAACCAUCAGCGGUUGAGACCAAGUCAAAUCCAGUUUGCUGCCAUUGCUGCAAGUCGCAUGGUGGAUCCAGCUGUUGGAGUAGCAGUUGGAUGGAAUUAUUUCUUCGCUCAAACGUCAUACUUUAUCUUCAAGGCCACUAUUAUCAACACCCUUGUCGAGUACUGGGGCUAUAAUCAAUCUCCUGCGGUCCUCAUUUCAGUGACAUUAGUUUUGUUUUUAGCCCUCAAUAUCUACCGAGCAGACCUCUUUGGGGAAGCGGAAUUUUGGCUUGCCCUGGGUAAGAUAGUGAUGGCUACUGGCCUUAUCCUAUACACAUUUAUAGCGAUGCUAGGAGGAAACGCACUUCAUGACCCAUCCUCUCGCCUGGAGUCAUUCAUAAAUGCCAUCAACGUGGCAGGCUUCUGUAUGGAUAGUCCCGAGUAUAUUUCAAUCAUUACCGGAGAGGCAAGAGACCCCCGCAGAACAAUGCCACGAGCUUUCAGCAGUCUUAUGCUUCGGCUAAUGAUCUUCUUCAUCGGCGGAGCAUUCUGCGUUGGUGUAAACGUAAGGACCCGUGUUUCCAUACCCUAUUUCCUUCAAUUCUGUCGCGUGCUUGCUAACCUGCCCCGCCUAACUAAUGGCUCGGAUACUUAUGCUGGUGGUUCUCCAUAUGUCAUAUCCAUGCAACGUCUACAAAUUCCGGGUUUGCCAUCGAUUGUCAACGCAAGUUUGAUUGUAACCAUUAUUUCUGGUGGAAACGCAUAUACAUUUGGUGCCUCAAGAUCCCUACAUGCUAUGGCUCUCGAUGGACAGGCGCCCAAGUUUCUACGCCGGCUAAACAACAAAGGAGUGCCUUAUAUGGCUGUACUUGUGGUUUUGCUCCUUAGUUGUCUUGCGUACCUGGCUCUGGGCUCAGGCACUGUUAAAGUGCUAAACUGGAUUCUGAAUAACUGGGUUGUCAUGUCCUUUACGUGGCUACGCUUCAACGCCGCGAUCAGGGCUCAAGGCAUUGAUAGGAAGUCUUUUCUACCCAGUCUCUCCAAGUACCAACCUUUUGCAGGCUAUUGGGCUUUCUUCUGGGCCUUUCUAUUCCUAUGGGUCCAGGGAUACGCCGUUUUCACCAAAGAUCAUUGGAAAGUGUCCACUUUCAUUUUCAACUACGGUAUAAUUGCUCUUGCUGGUAGCAUUGGAAUUAUCUGGAAAAUCGUCAAGCGUACCCCAUUCCACAAGAGUACAGAGGUUGACCUCCAAUCUGGGUUGGAUUUCUUCGAAACUUUGACAGAGCACUACCAACAAGAGCGUGAGAACGUACCGUCAUCUCUCAAGGAGAGGAUAGUUGUCAAGAUAUUUUAA